CCUGGGCGGAGGCCAGUGUGUCUUCCCAGCCUGCCCCAGAGGAGCAUUGCUGGGUGGCCAGGGCAGGGCUGCCUACCCAUCCCUGGCCCCUGGACCCCUGGCAUCUGGGGCAGAAGCAACAUCAAAGCAGGGAUUGGCCAGCUCCCACCCCAAAUGCCAAGCAGGCCAGGCUCAGGGAGCACUUGGGGGCGUGACGAAUCCCAGCCAGUCUCCAGCUCGCGUCCCCGGGCCAGUCUGCCUUGGGCCUUGCCCCACCAUGACGCGCCCAUCAUUCAGCCUGGCUCAUCUGCUCACCCUUUCGGGACUGCUGUGCUACUCAUCUUGCAGCCUGGCCCUUCCUGGCCUGGAUCAGAAGAAACGUGGCAGCCACAAAGCAUGCUGCCUGCUGACACCCCCUCCACCCCCACUGUUCCCACCACCCUUCUUCAGAGGGGGCCGAAGUCCGCUUCUCUCCCCAGACAUGAAGAAUCUCCUCCUGGAACUCGAGACCACACAGUCCCCAUGCAUGCAGGGCUCUCUCGGCUCCCCUGGACCCCCCGGCCCCCAGGGUCCACCCGGACUUCCUGGCAAGACAGGACCAAAGGGAGAAAAGGGGGAGCUUGGCCGACCAGGAAGGAAGGGUAGACCUGGCCCCCCAGGUGUUCCUGGCAUGCCUGGGCCUGUCGGCUGGCCUGGCCCUGAAGGACCCAGGGGUGAAAAAGGUGACCUGGGCAUGAUGGGCUUGCCAGGGUCAAGAGGACCAAUGGGCUCCAAGGGCUACCCAGGAUCCAGAGGGGAAAAGGGAUCCAGAGGUGAAAGGGGUGACUUGGGUCCCAAAGGAGAAAAGGGUUUCCCAGGAUUUCCUGGAAUGUUGGGGCAAAAAGGUGAAAUGGGUCCAAAGGGUGAACCUGGGAUAGCAGGACACCGAGGACCCACAGGAAGACCGGGGAAACGUGGCAAGCAGGGACAGAAGGGAGAUAGUGGAGUUAUGGGCCCACCUGGCAAGCCUGGGCCUUCUGGUCAACCUGGUCGUCCAGGCCCCCCGGGGCCCCCAGGCCCCCCAUCUGCAGGACAACUUGUAAUGGGACCCAAAGGGGAGCGAGGAUAUCCUGGGCCCCCAGGAAGAUGUCUUUGUGGACCCUCUGUGAAUGUGAAUAACCCUUCCUACGGGGAAUCCAUGUAUGGGCCCAGCUCCCUGCGAGUUCCUGUGAUUUUUGUGGUCAACAACCAGGAGGAACUCGAGAGGCUGAACACUCAGAACGCCAUUGCCUUCCGCAGAGACCAGAGAUCUCUGUACUUCAAGGACAGCCUUGGCUGGCUUCCCAUCCAGCUGACCCCUUUCUACCCUGUGGAUUCUACUAUAGACCAGCGUGGCACCUGUGGGGAUGGGGUUCUGCAGCCUGGGGAGGAGUGUGACGACGGGAACCAGGACGUGGGUGACGACUGCAUCAGUUGUCACCGGGCCUACUGUGGAGAUGGUCACCGGCACGAGGGCGUGGAGGACUGUGACGGCUCCGACUUUGGCUACCUGACAUGCGAGACCUAUCUCCCUGGGUCAUAUGGAGACCUGCGGUGCACCCAGUACUGUUACAUCGACUCCACACCCUGCCGCUACUUCACAUGAGGGGUGUGAGGAACAGGUGGGCUGCAGCCCACAGAACUGGCAGCAGCUUCCUCAACCCCUGUCAAGUUGGCCUUGCGCUCUCCUGGGCCAGUGUCCACCAACUUUUGUGUGACAAAAACAAGGAUGAAUUCUCGCUGCUAAGACGUGUUUUUGACUCUGUCUGACUGGAAGAAUUUAGGACCACUGCAUCCUGUCUUAAUCCAAAGUACCAGAAAACUUUCUACAUGCCCACCCUGGGAACUGUUCCCUGCCUCUACCAUCUGGCCUAAGAGCCAGCUAAAAUGCCCUUUCUCUUCUGGAUUGUCGUUGGCACAGGCCGUGGACUUGGCUUAGCACUGUUAGACUCAUGUAAACCUGCAGGGCUGUUUUAGUUUGUUGGGAGCUGAUUUGGGAAGUCUAGUGUAUAGGCUUCUUGGUCUCUUGGACCUCCAGACACACAGGUGUUCUUAGCUGGGCAGCCAGUUGUCAGGUCUCUCAAAGGCCUGAGAACCACACAGCAGUGAAGUGGACAUGUUCUCUCAUUGUGGCUCACAGCUUUGGACCCCGCCAGGGACUCUUCAUCUGGUCAGAGGACAACCCGGCUUCAUGUGGAAAUGGCUCCCCCAGGAAGAGACCCAACUGUGAAAAAGUACUGAGAAUGCCACAAAACCCAUGCUCACCUUUGCACUGCCCACUCAGGAAAUGACCCCUGAGCAGAGGGUGGAGGCUCAGCUGAGUCACUUGCCUGCAAACAACAGCAGAGCAGUGGCCUCUCUCUUCUUGAUGUUUCCCACAGCGGGAUUCUUAAGAGAUUCAAAAUCCCUGCCCAUCUUGAUCUUGUGGCUUUCUGUACUUUGACCUCUGUCUUGCAAGGAGUGCCCCUCAUUUCCAUUUCCUGUUCAGGAGACUCACUC